UUUCAAACAUGUUGCGACCUUUACACUUUAGAAUUGGGUGUCAUCUAAGAAAUGAUUUAAAGGGGACACACCGUUGUCAUUUCAGAAACAGCAACAUCCAAACACACUUGUGAUUAAAAACCUGCUUGUGACCGGUGCUGAACGCGACCCCCCCCCCCCUCUCUCUCCAGGUGUGACGUUUCAAAGGGGGACAACAAUACAGAGAAGUGACCGGCUUUAACAAUACACCCGUAUAGCUCCUCACUUUACCGACCAUACAGGCAGCAGAUGCGCGGAAGAAAGGACACCGGCGCCUCGACACAAAGACAUCAUGGCAGUGAAUGUCCCUGGACUGGUGGCUGUGGUGGUUUUUUAUAUUGUCAUCUUGGUAAUUGGAAUCUGGGCAUCUCGAAAAUCCAAGAAAGUGGAGAAGACGUGUGUUGGCACUAAGAGCGAAGUUACCAUUGUCGGUGGCCGCAACAUCAGCGUCCUGGUCGGGGUUUUCACCAUGACAGCAACAUGGGUUGGAGGAGGUUACAUUAUGGGAACUGCUGAGGCUGUUUAUUCUCCUUCUCAAGGUCUCAUCUGGGCUAUGGGGCCUCCUGCAUAUCUUAUCAAUUUUCUUUUGGGUGGAUUGUUUUUUGCAAAACCUAUGAGGUCAAAGCGCUACGUGACCAUGUUGGACCCGUUUCAGCAUCGCUAUGGCAACAUGUUCACUGCAACACUGCUGCUUCCUGCUUUGGUCAGUGAUAUUUUGUGGGUUGCCUGCAUCCUUGCUGCUCUGGGAGGAACGAUGAGCAUAAUUCUUGGGCUGUCGUCUGCCCUCUCCAUCAUUAUCUCGGCAGCUGUCUCCAUCAUCUACACAUUUUUAGGGGGUCUCUACUCCGUGGCGUAUACUGAUAUCAUCCAGCUUUCCUUCAUCUUCAUCAGCCUGUGGCUCUGUGUUCCUUUUUUGAUACUCAGUCCUGCAGUUGCUGACUUCUCACAGGCAGUCCACUUCAACCAAACAGCUGGAAACUCGUGGGUCGGAGAGUUGAAGCUGGAAGAUGCAGGAAAAUGGGCGGAUGAGAUGCUGUUAUUGGCUUUAGGGGGACUGGCCUAUCAAGCUCUCUACCAGAGGAUCCUCUCUGCAGCCUCCUCUGCUCAGGCUCAGGUCACCUGCUUUGCUGCUGCUGGGACCGUUUUCGUUAUGGGAAUCCCUUCAGUUAUCAUUGGAGCAGUGGCUUCCUCUGCAGACUGGAACCAGACAGCGUACGGUCUACCCCCUCCUUUUGAACGAGGGGAGGCAGGGAAGAUCCUACCGCUGGCCCUGCACUACCUCACACCCACCUGGUUGUCAGUGUUAGGCAUUGGAGCUGUGGCGGCAGCAGUUAUGUCCUCCAUGGACUCUGUGCUGCUGUCCUCAGCAUCCAUGUUUACGCAAAACAUAUACAAGACGACUUUGAGGAAGCAGGCCUCGGAGCAGGAGCUGCAGCGGGUGAUCCGUGUUAGCGUGCUGCUGGUGGGCCUGGCGGGAACAGGCCUGGCCUUUGGCGACGACAGCGUGUUCGGCCUCUGGCUGGUAAGCGGGGACCUCCUGUACUGCGUGGUCCUCCCGCAGCUCGUCUGCGUGCUGCACUUCAGCUGGGCCAAUAGCUACGGCGCCAUCAGCGGCUAUUUAGUAGGACUGCUGCUGCGUGGGAUGAGCGGCGAGCCGCUGCUCGGGAUCCCACCUCUCAUCCUGUACCCCGGCUGGAGGGAGGUGGACGGAGUCAUCACACAGUACUUUCCCCACAGGACUCUUGCCAUGCUUUCCUCUAUGAUAUGUGUUAUUUCAGUGUCCUGUCUGGUGGAGCUAGGCUUCUGCCACCAACUCAUUCCUCAUUCCUGGGAUGUACUGGGGGCGUUUGAAGAGAAAAAAGAGGCAGAAGGGGAGGAAGUACCUGUUCCUCUGGAUGAAAAGAACAGUAUCCUUAAUACAAAACUCUAGGCUUAACUUAAGUACAACUUCAGCCAAAGUAUACCCAAACCUCCUUUUUAUGCAAAUUCCUACCAACCUUCUUCUCUGCACAGACUAUUUACGCACACUCUUACAUGUACUGUUUAUUACACAUGUUUAAUACUGAAUUAUAUGCUUUAUAUGCACCAAACUGACCAGCAGUAUGUGGAGAGUGAUUCAGGGAGGCAGUGGAUAUGUGCUGGGUGUCUCUUUUUAAGGCCACAUAUGAAGACCUCAAGAUUCUGAUGUUAAUGUCAGAAGUCAAUUGCUUUUUUCCACAUCGUCCUAAUCUUCUUAAAAUGAAACUCUUUCCCCGAUUGUUAAUCACUGGUAACACAAACAUUGUCGUAGUUUCUUAAUCUAGUCUCCUCUACUCGAAACCUUUUCAGUACGUUAAGCUCAACCCAGGUGGUGUUAUUUAAAUUGUGUAAUCAUUGUUGUACUUUCUAAGGAGUUUUGCCUCUUUUGCAUUUAUUAAGCACUGAGGGGACAAAGCAAUGCCAUUUGAGAUGCAAUACUUGAGACGCUGAGGUUGAGUAUUCCUCAGAAACAAAGAAGUCUAGCAGGGAAGUGCCUGCUGGUAGAAGUGUUUACCAUUAUUUUAUGUUUUAAAGGGAUCAUUUAUUGAAGGACCAUCAAGAUAUAGAAUUAUAACUGCUAUUUUUUAGAUGUUUUGUGAUUGCAAGUGUUCAUAAAAAAUGAAACCAUA